GCUUUCUCUGCGUAUUCCCAUUCAGUCCCGGCGAUGGCUCGUCUGUGCGCACCUGGAGCUGCAGCCGGCGGGGCGCGCAUCUUCGGCCUUUGGCUGCUACUCUGCCUGCCCGCGCUGCUUGUGCGGGCGGAGAUGGUGGCCGGGGGCUUGCAGGAGCGCCCCGUCUCGGAUCCCGACGUGCAGAAGGCCGCCACCUUCGCCCUGACCGCCUACAACCAGGCCAGCAACAGCCUCUUCUACUACCGGCAGCUGCGCCUCGUGAAGGCGGAAAGCCAGGUUGUGGCAGGAAUAAAAUAUUACUUGACCAUGGAGGUGGUGAACACACUGUGUGAAAAGAAGGCUGGGUCGACAUUGAAAGAAGUGGACAUCCAAAAUUGUGCAGUGCCCUUGGCAGGAGAACAGCAGAAACAAAUCUGCAUAUUCCAAGUCUGGUCUCGCCCUUGGCUGAACGACAUACGUCUGGUGCAUAUGAGCUGUGAAGCGACUCGUUCCUGAACAUCACACAUGGGGAUGACUCUGGUAGACCUGAGCUCCUUAGGCUAAGAAGUUUCCAGUCAUUGUGUGGAAAUAAGAGCUAAACAUCAUUGGGGAUAUAAUACUUGUUACAUUCCCCCCUUUCACACACAUACCCCAAACCUUUCUCAUACAAUCUCAUGAAAGAAAAGUUAUUAUUUUAAUUCUGAAAUCACAUUUUCUGCCUUUCUGAAAUGACAGCAUGGCCUUUACAGGGGCUUUUCUACCUUGUCUCUAAACAUGUUCCCUCUCACUGUUUUUUUUUUUUGUUUAACAGUCCUACAAACCUUGUAAACUCCUUUUCUUUGUAACAUUGAUUGGUUCCAAUAAAGGUAUAAUCUUGUCAGUA